ACUUUCAACUUUGAUGUGUAAAAUACCUAAAAUGAGUUUCACUCUACUGUUAGAUCCAAAUUAUAUAAACUAUAGAAUCACAACCCCCAUUCUCAAAAUCCUCCUCCUUUUACCAAAUCUUACAUUUUUAUUACCUCAAUCUCUUCUUCAUCUCUUUCAACCUCUACUCCGUUUCUGGUUUCUAAGCUUUCAUGGCUUCUUCCAUUAUAUGCAAGCCUUUCCUUAGAGCUACUAAACCCAAUUCUUCUCUUUAUCCUGACCUUCAAAGACUUCAUUUUCCCUCUCUUCGCAUCUCAAUCAAACCAAGAACCCACAAAAAGCUUCAGAUACAAGCAGCUGGGAGCACAUUUGGAAAUUAUUUCCGUGUUACAACAUUUGGAGAAUCUAAUGGAGGUGGUGUUGGUUGUAUAGUUGAUGGAUGUCCUCCUAGGAUUCCUCUCUCAGAAGCUGAUUUGCAAGGUGAUCUUGACCGAAGGAGUCCAGGUCAGAGCCGAGUUACUACCCCAAGGAAAGAGACAGACACAUGCCGAAUAUAUUCUGGAGUUUCUGAAGGAGUGACUACUGGAACACCAAUACAUGUACUUGUACCAAAUACUGAUCACAGAGAACAAGAUUACAAGGAAAUGUCAAUAGCUUAUAGGCCAUCUCAUGCUGAUGCCACUUAUGAUAUGAAAUAUGGUGUCAGGGCAGUGCAGGGUGGUGGCAGAUCAUCAGCCAGAGAAACCAUUGGAAGAGUUGCCUCUGGAGCUAUUGCUAAGAAAAUUCUCAAGCAGUUUUCAGGAACUGAGGUUCUUGCCUAUGUCUCUCAAGUUCAGCAGGUUCUUCUUCCAGAUGGGUCAGUUGACCAUGACACUGUAACUCUUGGCCAGAUAGAGAGCAAUAUUGUAAGGUGCCCAAAUCCUGAAUACGCUGAGAAAAUGAUAGCGGCUAUCGAUGCUGUGCGGAUAAAAGGAGAUUCUGUUGGCUGUGUUGUCACGUGCAUAGUGAGGAAUGCUCCGCGUGGGCUUGGUUCACCAGUUUUUGAUAAGCUUGAAGCAGAGCUUGCUAAGGCUGUAAUGUCAGUACCAGCAUCUAAAGGCUUUGAACUUGGGAGUGGAUUUUCAGGUGCUUUUCUGACCGGUAGUGAACAUAAUGAUGAGUUCUAUACUGAUGAACAUGGAAGAAUAAGGACAAGAACAAAUCGCUCCGGUGGGAUACAGGGUGGAAUAUCCAAUGGGGAAAUUAUCAACAUGAGAGUAGCUUUCAAGCCAACACCUGCUAUUAGUAGGAAGCAGCACACAGUGACUCGUGAGAAAAAAGAGAUAGAACUACUAGUCCACGGUCGUCAUGAUCCUUGUGUUGCCCCUCGAGCGGUGCCUGUUGUUGAGGCCAUGGUAGCCUUGGUGCUUGUGGACCAAUUAAUGGCACAAUAUGCACAAUGUAACCUUUUUCCUAUCAAUGCGGAGUUACAAGAACCGUUGAGCUUAGGUUUCCCCAACUUCGAACCAGCAAUGAUUUGAAUGGUUGCAGAAUGUUCUGGUUUUAAGGUUUUAUCAACCCUAAGUCGAAGGGCUUAUUAGCAUUUCUGUUUUGCCCUACUUUAUUGUUUGUGUGUUUUCUUUGUAACUGUUCGGAGCUUUUAUUGCUUCUCAUGUUCCAACAGUAGAGAAUAACAGUUUCAGUGUAGUUGAAAUUAUUGAGUUGACAUGUUUUUAAUAAUAUGGCUUAUGAUUUAAUCUUGUUGAGUUACAAA